GCGAGUGAGUGCCCCAAAACGAAGCCACCAUUUUCCCGUUCGACAUUUUCCACCUUUACUCCGCCGAUCUGGAGCAACGGAGCAGUGCGCUCGGCCUGGAGGCCAACUGCUUAAAAAGAAGGAAAUGUAACAGCGACAUGGAUCGUGAUCGUGAUCGGGAUCGUGAGCGUGAUCGCAAUGCAGCGGCGGCCGCGGCUGCAGCCGCCGCCGCCGCAGCCAUCGAGCGGGACGUGAAGCCGCUCGAACCGCGCGAUCUGUCCGCGACGCGGCUCUUCACGGCCACGCAGAUCAAGAUCAGCACCUCGCCCACCACCUCGCCCACCAUCUCGAACUCAUCGUCACCCACGCCCACCCCACCCAUCCCGGCGUCGUCGCCGGCCGUCUCCAGCGGCUACCACCACGCCAACCACAAGCAGAUCACCGGCAUCCCGUGCGUGGCCGCCGCCUCCAAGUACACGGCGCCGGUGCACAUCGACGUCGGAGGCACCAUCUACACCAGCUCCCUGGAAACCCUCACCAAAUAUCCGGAUUCGCGGCUGGCGAAGCUGUUCAACGGGUGCAUCCCGAUCGUGCUGGACUCGCUGAAACAGCACUACUUCAUCGACCGCGACGGAGGCAUGUUCCGCCAUAUCCUAAACUUUAUGCGUAACUCCAAGCUGCUGGUGUCGGAGGACUUCCCCGACCUGGAGCUGCUGCUGGAGGAGGCCAAAUACUUCGACAUUGUUCCUAUGAUCAAGCAGAUCGAACAUCUGAAGAAGGAGCGACAGCGUAGCGGGAACGGUCUCCCACCGUUCGGGGGCAACCGGAGCAAGUGCAAGGGCGGACUGGCCGCGGACACCGCCAACCACGACGUGGUGGCGCUCCACAUCUCGCCCGACCUCGGCGAACGCAUCCUGAUCUCGGCCGAACGGGCCGUCCUGGACGAGGUGUUCCCCGAGACGAACCAGGCGAUCCUGGACGCGCGGACCGGCGCGGCCUGGAACCAGUUCGACGGCCGGCAGGUGAUACGGUUCCCGCUCAACGGCUACUGCAAGCUCAACUCCAUCCAGGUGCUGACGCGGCUCCUGAACGCCGGCUUCAGCGUCGAGGCCAGCACCGGGGGCGGCGUCGAGACGCAACAGUUCUCCGAGUAUCUGCUGAUCCGCAAAAGUUCGAUGUGA